UAUUUUGUAUGGGAAAAAUACGAGAUUGAAAAUUGUAAUAAGGAGUCAAUUUUCAUUUUUCACGCUUCCCAAUUCGUCCGAAGACACCCACACCGAUCAUCAAUAUUUUCUCCAUACUCUAUGUAAGAAAUUGAGAUCAAUCCUCACAAAAGAUUACAUUGAAAUUAAUUCAAUCCAUAUAUAAAAAUAUUCAUAUAUUCGAAAGGAGCCACACCACACCACACCACACUACGCCACGCCAAUAACAACUACCGAUAUCAUCUUCCUCGUUCCCAAUUGCGAAAAUAGAGAAACUGAUUAUGGAGCCAAAUUCAAAUGAACGAAUUGCAAGAAUCGCCGCCCACAUCCACCCUCCCAAUAUCAAGGAACAUGCUAGUUCUUCUUUGACAAGUUUCAAUUGCCGUGCCAAAGGUGGAUCUCCCGGAUUCAAAGUUGCAAUUUUGGGUUCUUCUGGUGGCAUAGGACAACCACUUUCUAUGCUGAUGAAGAUGAAUCCGUUGGUUUCAGUUCUUCACCUCUAUGAUGUUGUUAACACACCUGGUGUCACUUCUGAUAUCAGUCACAUGGAUACUUCUGCUGUUAUUAGAGGAUUUUUGGGGCAAAAGCAGCUUGAGGAUGCACUUACAGGUAUGGAUUUGGUAAUCAUUCCUGCCAGCGUUCCCCUCAAAUCUGGAAGGACAAGAGAUGAUCUCUUCAAUAUAAAUGCUGGGAUUGUUAAAAUUCUCUGUGAAGCAAUUGCAAAGCACUGUCCUAAGGCGAUUGUCAACUUGAUAAGCAAUCCGGUUAACUCUACUGUCCCUAUUGCGGCUGAAGUUUUCAAAAGAGCCGGUACUUAUGAUCCCAAGAAACUUUUGGGAGUGACAAUGCUUGAUGUGGUUAGGGCCAAUACGUUUGUGGCUGAAGUUCUUGGUCUUGAUCCAAGGGAUGUUGAUGUUCCUGUUGUUGGCGGACAUGCCGGAAUCACGAUUUUACCUCUGCUUUCCCAGGUUAAACCACCUUCCUCUUUCACCCCAAAGGAAAUCGAGUACUUGACAGAUCGCAUACAAAACGGUGGAACUGAAGUUGUUGAGGCCAAAGCUGGAGCUGGUUCUGCAACCCUAUCAAUGGCAUACGCUGCCGUUAAAUUUGCAGAUGCAUGUCUUCGUGCCUUGAAAGGAGAGUCUGGCAUCAUUGAAUGUGCAUAUGUUGCUUCACAGGUGACUGAACUCCCAUUCUUUGCAUCAAAAGUACGACUUGGCCGUGAUGGAGUUGAGGAAUUUCUUCCACUUGGUCCCCUAAGUGAUUAUGAGAGGGAAAGUUUGGAAAAGGCCAAGAAGGAGUUAGCAACAAGCGUGGAGAAGGGCAUUUCUUUCACCAGACAAUGAGUUGAUAGUACUUCCUCAAAAUAAGUGGCGGGAUUGAACCCUGUCAGAUGUGAGAUCAAAAUUUUCAAAUUAUUAUUUGAUAUAAUUUAUAGAUAUUAGAAAUUUAGAACUACUUAAUAAAAAGAUAGUAUUCAUUCUACCAAAAUAAAAGACAGUAUUCACUAUUCAAUGUAUCAUCAAAUAGCGGACGCAUAAAAAGUGUAAUAAUAAUUAUUUUUCCAUUACAAUAUAGUGUUUAUUUCAUCUAUUGUACCCAAAAAAAGUCUAGCAUUUUCUGAAAGUUAAGUUCAAAAUUUUAAGGC